AUGGGGUUCGAGCCAUGGCGCCUUCUCCCCGGCAAGGGGCUGAUGAUUGUGCUGAACAUCUUCACUGCCAUUGCGCUCAUCUUCGAGGGGUACAACCAGGGCGUCCUCGGCACUGUCAGCAAUACCCCUGCUUUCAUUGACAUGUCCAAGAUUGGAGCCGAUGGAGUGGUCACCGACACCACCAAGCAAGGCGGGCUCGUGGCAGCCUACUAUUUCGGAGCUCUUUUCGGUGCUUUCUUCGGAGGUUGGGCAGGCGAUAAGACCGGCCGAAAGUUGGGCACGCUGAUCGGUGCCCUGUUUUGCGUGGCUGGAAGCGCACUCCAAGCCGGCAGCGUCAAUGCCAACAUGUUCAUUUGUGCCCGAGUGAUCUCUGGGAUCGGCAUUGGAUUCACCAGUACUAUUAUACCACCCUGGAUUGCCGAGUUGUCGCAAGCGCACGCCCGAGGCGCGACAUUUUCAUAUGUCUUCAUUGCGAACUUCGUCGGAAUCACGAUUGCAGUGUGGUUGAAUUUCGGGAUCAGGAACACCGAGCUACAAUUCCGGUGGAGGUUCCCAUUGGGUAUUAUGGUCCUUCCCAUGCUGAUUGUCGCUGCUGUGGUCCUGUUGCUCCCAGAAUCACCACGCUGGCUGAUGAGCCAGGGACGAAAAGAAGAAUCGGUCGAAAUUCUCCGGAGAAUAAGAGGAGACGUGAGUGAGGACGACCCCAAACUCCUCGAAGAAGUUGAACAACUACAAGCCGUGGUCGAAGCUUCACACCACAAGCGAAACGAUUUCAUCAACCUGGUACGCGGCCGAUACUCUGGCAAGCUCCAUCUUGGCCGUCGAGUCGUCCUUAGUCUUGCAUUGCAACAGAUCUCUAGCUGGACGGGUAUUAUCGCUAUCGUCACCUGGUCGGGCGAACUGUUCCGGCUCUCGGGCUUCAGCGCGUACAAGUCCUCCUGGCUUGGAGGUUUGGUCAAUACCACCGGUAUCUUUGGUACCGCAGCAGCGGCCCUAGUCAUCGACCGCCUUGGUCGUAAAAUGUCCUGGUUGAUCUCGCUGAUCAUUCAGGCUAUUUCCCUCUUCCUGGUUGCUGGUCUCCUCAAAGCUUCACAAGACCGCGCCUUGACGGAUCCUGAAACAUCCCGACAGUUGGGGACGGCGGGAGCCUGUUUCGUUUUCAUAUUUCUGUGGUUCUUCACCAUGUUUGGCAUUAUCCCAGUAUGGGUAUACGGAACCGAAAUCUGGCCUCUGGAGGUCAGGGCAAAGGGCUACGCUUUCACCACUCUUGGCUGGGCAAUUGGAUGCGGUAUGACGACGCUGACGAUCCCGAUCAUGCUGUCGAAACUUGGAUGGUAUACUUUCAUCUUCUUCGGCGUCAUGAACCUGGUGUGUAUGCCGCUUGUGUGGUUCUUCUAUGUGGAGACUGCUGGUUGCUCCCUCGAGGAGAUCAAUCUACUCUUUGCAAGCGACAGCAUCUUGGCGAGCAAGAACAUGGCAGAGUAUGAGCGUCGAGUCGCAGAAGCCGGCGGCAACAAAGCUGUUGCGGCACGAAGGCUUCUCGAUGAGGUCGACGGCUUGACUGAAUUGGACCCUGCAAGAGUCAUUCCAACCGAAGUGGCGAUCGACACCAAGACAGAGAAAAGAGAAGUCGAUGUGGUGGAGUACUGA